AUGAUUUAUCACCAUUUUUUAACUACGUAAGUUAUCGUUUUAUACCUUUUUUAGCGUAUUUUUUUAAUCUCAAAUUAUGUGAUCUAUAUUUGCAGAAAAUCAUCCCGGAAAGCAAUGGAUCCUUGGAAAACAACGCAAAUUCAACAGCAUCACUCCCAACUUCGGCCCAGGACGGCACCAUGGCCGAGACUCAAACCAACGACAGAAACAUCAUGGAAUGUAAGUUUUGAUGGCUUUUUUUGGUAGUUGAGGAAAUAUUAGGGAAUUCUUCUUGAGAUUGUUGUUACUUGUUUUUUUGGUUGUUUUUCUAUUUAAUGUUUUUUUAUUUUCAGAUAUUCGGUCCAAUUUCUUUGCUGCUAUUCGGAUGUAAAAUAAAAAAAAAGAAAAAAAUAAGAAAAAAAAUAAAAAAAAGUAAAAAAAUAGAAAAAAAUAGAAAAAAGAAUAAAAAAAGAAAAAAAAUAGAAAGAAAUUAAAAAAAUAUAAAAAAGAAAAAAAAAAAAAUAAUAAAAAAAAGAAAAAUAUAAAAAAUAAUUUUUUCCUUAUCCUUUUCUUGUAAAAUUUGAUUCGCCUUUGUUUACGACCCAUCUCUCAAACCAGUGGAUGUUUGGAGCACAUUUCCCGACUGCUACUUUCUAUGCCUCAACUUCGGCCCAGGACGGCACCAUAUGGCCGAUAUUCAAACCAACGUCAGAAACAACAUGGAAUGUAAGUUUUGAUGGCUUUUUUUGGUAGUUGAGGAAAUAUUAGGGAAUUCUUCUUGAGAUUGUUGUCAAUUGUUCUUUUGGUGGUUCUUCAAUUGAUAAUUCUAUUUUCAGAUAUUGCUCCAAGAUUUCACUGCCGUACCCCUAAUGUAAAUUUUCCUCUCAUCGUAUAUGAUUUAUCACCAUUUUUUAACUACGUAAGUUAUCGUUUUAUACCAUUUUAGCGUAUUUUUUAAAUCUCAAAUUAUGUGAUCAAUAUUUGCAGAAAAUCAUCCCGGAAAGCAAUGGAUCCUUGGAAAACAACGCAAAUUCAACAGCAUCACUCCCAACUUCGGCCCAGGACGGCACCAUGGCCGAGACUCAAACCAACGACAGAAACAUCAUGGAAUGUAAGUUUUGAUGGCUUUUUUUGGUAGUUGAGGAAAUAUUAGGGAAUUCUUCUUGAGAUUGUUGUUGCUUGUUUUUUUGGUUGUUUUUCAAUAUGAAUUGUUCGGAUUGUUGUCACUUUUUUUGUGGUUCUUCAAUUGAUUAUUUUAUUUUCAGGUCUUGCUCCAAGAUUUUACUGCGUACCCCAAAUGUUUACCGCCCAUUUUUUGCUAUGUAAGUUGUUGUUUCACCCUUGAUUUUAGCCUGGUUUGCUUGGUUUUUUCCCAAACUAUGGUAUAUAUUUUCAGGAACCUAAAAAUCGUCUUCACUCUCGCCACACCCCGUUCCAUUUGCAACACCCAUCCUCCCCUCCCACUCGCACCGCACCCCUCCUCCGUUCCACUCCCACCUCACUCCUCCCCCAUCACACUCUCUUCAGAAUGUAAGUUUCGUGGUUUAUUGGUAGUUGAGGAAAUUACAGAGGGCUUGAGAUUAUUGUCAAUUUUUUUGAGGAUCCUUCAAUUUAUUCUUUUAAUUUGCAGAUAUCUCCUAGCCCCAUGCAACGGAUACCUUUAA